UUUCACGACAGCUGACAGACUGGAAGAGGAAAUGCUUAAAAUAAACAAGAAUAAACUAUUUCCAUAGCUGAAUAAGCCUAGAUUUAGUAGACCACUGUUUACAGUCUAUAAAAUAAUAACAAGGUUGUUGAAAAUCUCGCUGAAUUCCACUUCCAAUUACUGAGUGGGAUUUUGACACCGGCAUUGGUCUAUAAUGUCUGAAUCGUAUGAAUUUCUCUUCAAGUUUCUUGUGAUUGGCAGUGCUGGUGCUGGAAAGUCAUGUAUCCUACAUCAGUUCAUAGAAAACAAAUUCAAACAAGACUCAAACCACACUAUAGGCGUGGAGUUUGGUAGCAAAGUUGUCAAUGUUGGUGGCAAAGCUGUCAAGCUGCAGAUUUGGGACACAGCUGGGCAAGAGAGAUUUAGGUCUGUAACCAGAAGUUAUUACAGAGGGGCUGCUGGUGCUCUUUUAGUGUAUGACAUCACAAGUCGCGAGACCUACAAUGCAUUGACCAACUGGCUGACAGAUGCCCGGACACUAGCAAGCCCUAACAUUGUGAUUGUGCUGGUGGGCAACAAAAAAGAUCUGGAAGCUGAGAGAGAAGUCACUUUUAUGGAAGCCAGCAGAUUUGCUCAAGAGAAUGAACUUAUGUUCUUGGAGACAAGUGCACUGACUGGAGAAAAUGUGGAGGAAACAUUCCUAAAGUGUGCACGGUCCAUUCUGACAAAAAUAGAAUCAGGUGAGCUGGACCCUGAACGUAUGGGUUCUGGUAUCCAGUACGGGGACGCCCUGAGGAGGAUGCACAGACAAGAGAAGCUGCAGCCACGCUCAUCUGGGCCAGACUGCGCUUGCUGAGUGCAGGAGGUGGGGGGAGCAUC